AUGGUGUCCAAUUAUUCCGUGGAAUACGGUAACAAGGUACUGCUACCUCUCACCCAUCAAACGACUUUGCCACCCAUGGGGAAGAACAUGACAUACAGGGACUAUCCCGAGGGGAUGGUGGCCUUAGCCAUGAACAAGUAUUAUCUGUGGGUGUUGUGCUGUUUGGGACUCGUUUUCAACACGGCUGCUAUAUUAACCAUUUCCAAGCUGAAGCCGUUCACAACGUCAUCUCUCUACGUCAUACUUCUUGCGAUAUUCGACACGUUGACUUUGUUUGUGAAGUUGGCCUACCUUCAGUUAACGUAUCAUGACGUCAGAUUAGGUGAUGCCGGCUGCAAAAUUCUGUGCUUUAUCGGAAGUUUCUUGGACCAGUUCUCUGUGUGGAUUUUAGUCUUGUUGACUAUAGAGAGAUUCGUGGCCGUGUGGUUGCCGUUGAAAGUGUCCAGCUGGUUUACGAUGUUCCGCGCCCGGCUAGCCGUCGCUAUAACCGCGUUAGCCUUAAUUUUCAUCAACUCGCACAUGCUGUUGUUGUUGCACCAGGUGGAGCUGGAAGAACCCUACGGCGUGGAGUGUGAUUUUUAUCCGAGUCACGCCUACUUUGGGAAAAGCAUCUGGUACUGGACUGAAAGCUGCCUCACGGCGAUUUUCCCGUGCAUUAUCCUGAUCGUCCUUAACUCGCUAAUUGUUUACCGCAUGCGGCGAUCUAUGGAGAAACAGAAAAAGAUGCUAUCGGGAACGGAGAGCCCCAGGAUGGUAUCUCACAAGACACAUCUCACGGUCAUGCUGGUAACGGUAUCCGUCUCGUUCGUCGUCCUGAUGCUGCCUCUGGCGAUGUUCAACACGUUCAGAAGCAAAUGGAAAGUUCAUUCGGACCGAGAAAGAGCCCAAUACAUUUUGACACGAGAGCUAACGCAUUUUCUAGCAGACUGCAACCACGGAUUGAAUUUCUUAUUCUACUUCCUUAGCAGCAAACGCUUUCGUCAUAUUUUUUACAGGAUUGUUCAAUGUCGCUGUCAGGAGCCCCGGAGGACGUUCUACAGCGGCGCCUCCAAGAUGUCUUACUACAAAUGUAACCAAAGCUCGAUGAAUACAUACUGCAUGCAGUCAAAUCUGUAG